AUGGCUUCAUCUGGAGCGCCUGUUUUGCCACCCAUGCCCGAUUUUUUAUCAGCAGAUGACCCCUUUUCCACCGCUGGCGACAUGAAAUUCCACCUUCAGAACCUCCUCGACAGCAAGGAGAAACAACUUCAGCAGGCAGGCAGUCUUGGGCAGCGGGUUCUUGCCCAGCAGAUGGAGCUGGAGGAGCGAAUCAGGCAGUUGCAGGAAUUAGAGGCAGAUAAGGGAGAGGACGAUGAGAUCGACAAUGAGGCUCGCGAGCGAUAUCGUGAGCUUGCAGAGACUAUCGUGGCAUGGGACACGGAGAAUGCGCAGCUUUCCAGCACUUUUGGAAGCUCAAAGCGUUUUCUUAAUGGCACCCAUUCUCCUGCAGUUCCAUACGCAGACUUGCCCCGCGAGGAACCAGAGCGCGCAAAGGCAUCUGCUGGAACAUCAGCCGCUCAAUCCAGGCGCGCAAAAAAUGCGGCCCAUCGUGCUGAUGAUGUCGAAUUUGCUUUUGAAAUUGGCAGUGGCUUGCUUACAGAGGUCCGUCGUCUUCAGAGUCUCCUCGGAGAAAGGGACAAGGCUAUCCAGGACAUGAAAGAGGAGAAGGAUGAUCUUGAAAAAACAGUGGAGGCUCUGAGGACUGCUCUCAGGCAGCAAGAACAAAAUGCAGACAAAUUCAAGGAGGAAAACUGGAACCUUGAGGUGACUUUACAAGAAAUCCGGACACAAUUAGGGGACUCGCAAUCUUCCGUGCAGCGCUUAGAGUCCGAACAUAAGCGUCUGACAAAGGCUCUUUCAAACGCCCGUGAUGCCGCCGACCAACACAAGAAUGAGGGAGAACGCCUCCAAAGCGUUGUCGCUGAAAUGAAAUCUAAACACGAAACCGAUAUUGCACAGGCUCGCAAGCACGCAGCUGGGCUGGCUCGCGACAAAUCCGACCUCCAACAAGCAGUGGACACCUUGAAGGCAGAAGUUGCUCGUGCCGGACGGAUGCUUCCUCGGUUCGGUUCUCCACUUACACCGGGCGGAGCCGAUACCAAAGAUUUCCUCACUCCGGCGGGGCGUGAUGACGAUGGCGAUGUUUUCGGAACCACAGGUCGUGGUUCUACAAACCGCAGGAAUCUGGAUGUUUCGGGCUUAUUCCCGCCUGAUGAUCUGGGCUCAGACUUUCCUGACUCUCCUGAUCCAUCUCCCCUCCGCAGGCCUUUCUUGUCGUCUAAUCACCCCACGAAUGAGAUCGAGGCCUUGCAGCAGCGGCUUGCACACGCACAGCGGCAGAUUAAUACUCUCAAAGGAUCGUUGAAUCGUGAGAAGCAGCUCCGGAUCAAAUUAGAACAAGCUGCCAGCGCCUCUGCUGAUGCAGACGAGGCCGGUCCUGAUGAUGGAGAAGAGUAUGCUGACGAAAAUACUGCUGUUGUUGAAAACAAGCGCGUUGCGAAGAGGUCGACUACUCCUUUCAAGGUUGGCGGUAAUCGCGGCGGUCGUGGUCGUGGCCGUGGCCGCGGUCGGGGAGGAAUCACUCUCAUCCAAAGACUCGGUAUGGCUUCGAGCAGUCCCGCCUCGGAUUUCAACGACGACGAUCAUGCAGAGCGCGAUAUGUCCGAAUCUCCACCGCCGCCUGUGCCUCCCAUUCCUAUCAACUUCGACCAAGGAGAUGAAGAGGACGAGGUUUCUCAAUUCUUUGGCAGCAGUGGAGAUCAUGAACAGACCGAUGAGGUGGAGGAAUCUCAAGACCACCCUUCGCGCUCGCGCUCGCCUUCUCCAUCACCUGCCGAACCCAGCUCGAACCGGACCAGCAUUGAUGGAAUGGACCCUGCCUUCGCUAAUGUUCUCCGCCGCAUCCCUUCAAAUGGCUCGUCUUACACUCGGAGCCCAUUGCGCCAAGCUGUGCUUGGUCGUUCUUCGAAGAGUGGCGUUAUUGGGCGUAGGCCGAGAGGUGGUGUGCCGUACAGAGAAGCGAGACCACCUUCUAUUGUCAAAGCUCCAGAGGUACUUUCUGCUGAGCUCGGCGAAGUUGACGCAUCGCCAGUCAAGAGCUAUAGAAAUUCGUUGUUGAAUGACGCCGAGAUUCCUGAAGAAGAUGGGGAAUACAUUAGGGUGAAGAAGGUUGAGAAAGUUGAGUUUGGUUGUCAGACAGAGGUUGUUGAAGAGGAAAAGACUGUGGUACUGCCCGAACCACCCGUGGUCGUCGACAUCCCUGUGGUGCCAGUUCCUCCUCCAGUCGAGCACGCAGAAAUGGGAACGCAGUCUGACCCAGAGCCUGAACCAAUUCCUCCUCCACAGAUUACAACGUCGGAAAUGUCUCUGCAGACGGAACCCGAGCCGGUUGUUGUUCCUCCUCAGAAGUCCGAAAUGGGCAUUCAGCAUUUCACACCAGAACCAGUGCCUGUUAUUCCCACUCCUCCAGUGUUGAUCGACAGCGGUGUUGGUACAGACCCUAUUCCCGAGCCAGUACCUGUUGGAAGGGGUUUGCCACCGCUUGUCAUUGGAGAUUCAAGCCGCAGAUCAACGCUUACACAGUCGGAUGUCUCCAGGGCGAGCACAAGUGCUGGUGAGACGACCAUCACACGAUCCUUCUUGGUUGGACGUAAUGUGGAGGAAGAGGAAGAAGAGGACGAAGGAGAGGAGACUGAAACAGGAGCUGAUACAGAGGACGAUUACCACGACGCCAGGCAAAGCAUUGGCCUGUCAACUCCUUCCGAAGACUUCCAUUCUAUUCGUACUGUUACAGACAAUGAUUAUUCUGACUCUGAAGAUGGCGCAGAGACAGAAGAUGACACUGAGAGCAUCAAGGCCUCUCACUUUUCGAGCAUACGCGAUCCCUCGUCCAGCUCAUUGGUGCGGCCCACGACAUCAUCCUCUUACUAUCCUCAGCAAAUUCCCAAGGAGAUUCUGUACGAAAGCGUUGCUGUCAGCGCCGAUUUAUACGAACCUCCUUCUCCCGUGAUCAUCGAGGCGCCACCACCGCCCAAACCUGAGGUGAAAGAGAUGUCCAUCCAAACUGACGAGUGGAAACCACCGACGCCGCCGCCGGCAGCACCUGUGCCAGUAGCCGCUCCCACUCCUGCUGCACCACCAUCCAAGCCAGCAGGUCUCUUCCGCGUAGGAUCUUCCUCUCAUCAAUUCCAGUUCAUUCCUCCACCUCCACCGUCUUCUAAUGGAAACACCUUUUCGGUCCAUGGUCCUGUGUUUACUCCUCCUUCUCCUGUGCCCACACCAAAGUCCAGUGUGUUCCGUGAACCAUCUGGUACUCUAGUUCGUCGCGCAACGUCUAACUCAGAGCGACGACAAUCCAUAGAAUCUCUCAUUUCGUCGACUAACGGUGGUGCAGAUGACCCAGCCAGUCGAUCGCGUGUACCGUCGUCGUCGGGCAACGCACUCCUUACUUCUGUCGAUAAGACGAGACCACCCGUUAUGUCACUUCCACCACCACCGAAACAACCGCCUCCGCCCAACAGCAUGCCUCCUCCCAAUUUCAUUCCCGAGCGCAAGGUUCUUGCAAGCUUGAAUGGAUCGCAUCACGAUGGUCCUCCUCCAAGACCAUCGUCGCCACCUCCUGCUGAGCUCAUCCAGCGGGCGACCACACCACUUGGUUCCAUUCUUGUGCCUCCAGGUAAAUAUGGAAGCACGAGAUUGCAUGGUUCGAGUCUGCCGCCAUCGCAGGCCAACCUGCGGCAGCCACCGUCGACGAGCAGCUUCAGGUCGACAUCCGUCGCUGGAAUGCACACACAAGCGUCGAUGCCUCCUUCGCACACGCUAUCGUCUUACAGUGUCAGAGAACGAGAACGCAACCAAAGGUCGACGUCGUCUCUUCCUUCGGAAAACAGCCUCGCCUCGCCUCGAUCGUCCAUGUCGUCUGAGAGGCACCUCUACCAAUCUGUGAACGAGCCGUCAACGCCAAACAAGACGGCUGAUGUUACCCCUCGGGCUAAUAACACGAUGAUGGCCACAGAUCCUGCUAUCAUCCACGCUAUUACACAGACCAUGAUUGGAGAAUUCUUGUACAAAUAUACCCGUCGGACGAUUGGGAAGGGGGUUGGAGAGAAGCGGCAUAAGCGGUUCUUCUGGGUUCAUCCGUAUACCAAGACGUUGUACUGGAGCUCGGCGGACCCUGGCUCGUCCAAUGUGUCGGAGUCGAGCGCAAAAAGUGCAUAUAUUGAUGGAGUGCGCUCUGUGCUCGAUCCUAACCCUAUGCCUCCUGGUUUGCAUCAGUACAGUGUAAUCGUGUCUACUCCUCAGCGCGAGAUGAAGAUCACUGCUCCCACGAAAGAACGACAUGAUAUUUGGUUGAACGCUCUGAAAUACCUCCUUGCCCGGCCGAGCAAUGCAGGGGUGACUUCUCCUGCCAACAACACUCUUCUUCCUCAACCCCAGACGCCUGAAAAUCUGGAACAAGGACGACGCCCUCCUCUUCUCAGCCCACAAAGUCAGCGUAGCACAAGAAGUGCUGUUGCAGGUGAGACGUGGAACACUACACCUCGUGGGCAGCGGAGUCGCUCUCAAGUUUCCAUUGGCGGUUCGGUAGGCAAACGUUCAGGUACACCGGCCAUGGAGUAUAUGCGAUGGAAUGCCCCCGAGAGCCCGUACAGUCCCGACCGUUCGUUUGUUGACGUGCCCGGACAAGAUUCCGACGAACUUGACUUCGAGCUUCAUGAAGAGAAUAUGUCUGAUGAGGGCUUCGAAGGGCUGGAGAACGUGCGAGCAUGCUGCGAUGGCCGGCACACCGUUGGCCCUUCAGGCAAAGUGCACCACCACCACCAUCAUCAUCACCAGCAACCCAACCAAGGGACAAUAACCAGCCGGAAGAGCACAGAUAACCAACACUUGGAUGUAAACCCGCACUUGCAGGACCAGGCGCGACCAUCGUCGCCUGCAUGGUCGUUCCGCUCGCGGACGGGGAGUGCACAGUCUCAUGAAGCUGGCGGAGGCAUCUUUGGCUGGGGCCGAGGAGACGACGGCAAAAUUCGAUUCGGAUCAAGGCGGUCAACAAAAUCAUCUGUUCCUGUACAGGACUAA